AUGGACUUUCUACAGCUCACAUCAACGCAUCUUCUGGCGGUACUGUUUACCAGUACCAGCGCAUUGUUCAUUGUAACAUACCUCCUCCGUGCAGGACAUCGACCCUCAGAGCUCCCGGACGGCCCUCCAACUGUUCCGCUUUUUGGAAACGAGCUGCAGGUGCCAAAGUGGGAUGCACAUUUCCAGUUCUCCAAGUGGGCUAAGGAAUAUGGCGGAUUUUUCUCACUGAAGCGAUAUAACAACACCACUAUUGUUAUCAGCGACCAUAAACUGAUCAAGGCACUGCUGGACAAAAAGAGCAACAUAUACUCCCAUCGACCCGCAUCACUGGUAUCCCACUUGAUCACGCAGAGUGACCAUCUGUUGGUCAUGCAGUAUGGUGAGCGAUGGCGCAUGCUACGUAAAACCAUUCAUCAAUACUUCAUGGAGCCGCGCUGCGAGCGCGAGCACUGGAAAGUCCAAGAGGCCGAAGCCAAACAGAUGCUGCACGACUUUUUGACCAUGCCAGAGGAUCACAUGCUACAUCCUAAGCGAUACAGUAACAGUAUCACCAACUCGCUUGUCUUCGGUAUCCGCACCAAAACCGUUCAUGAUGAGUACAUGCAAAGGCUCUUCUAUCUGAUGGAAAAGUGGUCCUUGGUGCAGGAACUAGGCGCCACCCCCCCUGUCGACUCGUUUGCUCUGCUGCGCUACGUGCCACAAUGGCUAUUGGGCAACUGGCGGGACCGGGCGGUUGAAGUGGGUGAUCUAAUGCAGUCCCUUUACCAGACCGUGCUAGAUCAGGUGCAGGAGCGCCGCCAACGCGGUGUUCAGCGUGACUCCUUUAUGGACAGAGUCUUGGAUACGCUCAAGCAGACACCGCUUACCGAGAAUGAGCUACGAUUCCUAGGGGGUGUUCUGAUGGAAGGAGGCUCCGAUACUUCGUCCUCGCUUAUCUUGACCAUUAUCCAGGCGAUGACCAAGUAUCCUGAAGUGCAAGCGAAGGCCCAUGCACAAAUCGACUCUGUUGUCGGCAAUGACCGCUCUCCGGCUUGGUCUGAUUGGCCCCAGCUGCCCUAUAUCAAUAUGAUCAUCAAGGAGUCUCACCGGUGGCGUCCAGUCAGCCCUCUUGGCGUUACCCACGCCGUCGCUGAAGAUGACCACAUCAAUGGGAAGCUCAUUCCGCGAGGAUCGAGCAUUGUUCUCAAUGUUUGGGGAAUGCAUCAUGACAGUGAUCGAUGGCAGGAACCAGAGCAUUUUCAGCCUGAACGUUUUGCCGAUUUCCCAGCUUUAGCCUCAACCUACGCAGCGUCCGAAAGGAGAGAUCACCUUGGUUACGGAGCGGGCCGACGUAUCUGCCCGGGCAUCCACUUAGCGGAGCGCAACUUAAUCAUAGGAAUCGCCAAGCUGCUCUGGGCCUUUGAAUUUGUUGAACCCCCUGGAAGCGACAGUGACAUUUCAGCUCACUCCGGUGCUAGUAAAGGGUUCCUCCAUUGUCCCAAGGACUAUGGAUGUGCCAUUCGUCUCCGCUCCUCGGACAAGCGAGCGACCAUUAUGCGAGAAUUUGCCGAGGCACAAGAGGUGUUCGCUCGAUUUGAUUAG